AGUAUUUAAUAUAUCCAAGUUCACCAACGUGUCCUGAUUUAUCCUUUGUGUACAUAAAUAGCGAUUUGGUAAAGCCAGACUUAUUUUUAAACUCUGUGUACUUAUAUGGAUUUAUGAUAUAUAUUAAAUUCAAGAAAGUGUAAGGUUAUUAUAUUUGAUUCGAAUCGCACGCGCUCUCUCGUACCCACGGGCGAACCCCCACCUCCAUACGCCAUUCACGUUCAGACUACAGUAGCAGACGACAUGUCUCAAGGAACCGCCCCUCAAUAUCCUGACGCACCUCCCCCGUACUCGGCGGAAUACAACCAUUACAACCCGGCUGGACAGCCGGUCUACCCCCCGCCCCAGGGGGUAUACCCGCCUCCUCAGGGCAACUAUCCCCACCCUUACAGUACCCAGCCCCAGGGGUACGGACAGUACCCACAACAACCGGGCUAUCCGUACAGCUAUGGACAGCCAGUAGUUACUGCUCAAACUCAAGUGGUACAGCAGCCUCAGCACUCCCGCGACAAGAACCGCGACAACGAGUGUCUUCUGAUAGGCCUCCUCGCAUGUCUCUGCUGCUGCUGUCUCAUGGACUAGAGGGCGGGGCAUGGAGGCGGGGCAUAGCAGAGAGGGGCGUGACAUCGAGAAGGUGGCGGAGUUAAAAUAUCCUGUCUGCCAGUUGCGUCACAACUGCUAUAUGGAAUAAAUAACUGUGAUAUGAAAAACGCAUCUCGUGUUGAUAAAAUCAUCGCUAACCAGAGCUUUUUUCACCGAUUACUAACGUGUGUGGUAUCAACGAUAAAUCAUAUCUUGUUGAUUGAUUCAUUGUUUGAGUUCUGAAAAUUGAGCUUUCAUAAAACGUUAUCUCGUCUUGAUUUUAUCCGUUCUUACAUUAAUAUGCCUCUGUUAUUAUUAAAAAUAUAAUUAAGUCGUCAAUUCGACGUUCAAAUUGAUACAUAUAAAUUGUGUUAUAUACAUAAUCGCUUUUCGGUUGAAUCAGCGCUUUGAUUUCUAGUUCUUGGUUAAAUCUCAAGCGAUACCUUACUGAAACAUACCUUUUUUAAGAAUACUGUACACCAAACAACGACUUGCAGUUUCGUUGCAUUUGUGGGCUGUUCUUAACUCUUUUUUGUUCUAAACAUUGAAUGGAGUAGAUUGUUUUUCGAUUCGACAAGACGGAAAACGUGAACAGUUACAAAUGUUAAAAAGGGUGUCACAUCUCAAAUGCGCGCGCAACUUUGUUGACAGCGUGACGUCAUUGAAGGCUACGUCCGAGCAGAGAUUCGACUGGUUUGUAGAAAGGCUCAAAUAAACUGUUUGUUUUAAUGGCAUGCGAAGUAACCGAUGCACAAUUUGGGAUUUGAGGCUCAAUUUCUCUUUUGGUAUUUGUGUACUAUUACGGCCGAUAAUAAAUUAUGCAGAACAAAAAAAUGUGAAGUUUUCAUAAAAAGGACUCGAAACAAAUUCGAACCGCCUUUGAGAGAGAGAUCGACGUGCAUUUUUGUGAUUCAUUUUUAAUCGCUAUUGAUGUUUUUUUAUUGUACCGUAUAUAGUCUUGCCAUUGUGACAAUGUCUUCCUGUAAAUCAAAAUUAGCUAACAUUCAUUCUAUUAAAGUGACUACUAUACACAGGUUAUGCAAAACGACUUACGUUGAACGAAUACGAUCUCACUAUUCAAAUUCGUAGAACGGGAAGUAACGGUAAUACAGAUUGUUUUGUUUUGCAAUCAUUUGCCAUGGUUGCUUUGUGAAAUUCAGACAUUUUGUUUCGAUUAAAUGCUUUUGUCUCAAGUCCCUAAAUGUUAUACCAUCGCUGGCCUAGGGCAAGAAAAUUUAAAAAGAUCAAAUCUAAACAUGUCUUAGUGUUUGCAAUACAGUUGCAUACAUUUGAGAUGUCAUGCUCAUAUUUGGGUUGUAAUUGACAUUGUUUUUAUUAAUUUAUUGUUGUUGUUGUUUUAUUAUUUAAUUGCUAAAGGCAUGUAUCGUUACUACAUUUAAACAGACAUUUGAUACAAUAUUUUGUACUGAA